CAGCUACUACUACUAGCCAGUCUGUUUUGUUAUUGUUUACUACUUUGACCACCACCACCACCAAUAGCACAUCAAGUCAUCUCAACAGCAUCCUGCUUUUACCCAUAAUGCACCAGAUUUUACCAGACUCAUCGCUAUAGGCUUAAACCGGGUUAAACCUUGGUUCCACAUAGGGAGCAGUAUUUUUUUUUAAGCAAAUGUCGACAAGCAGCAAAGGGGUGUAAAAUUUCCUUCAGUGUAGGGAAAUCUGAUUAGGAGAGGGUUUUAAUUUCAAAAGUGGGGAGAGGUCUUCUGAAACAAGGCGGCGAUAGCUUCUUAGUUUUGUUAGCUCAAGAUCGCCUAACUUCCUGUUUCUGCAUCUCCCUCGCACGCACGUAGUUUAUGAGUACUACUGUUCACCUCAGGCAAAGGGCCAAACUACACCAUACGUGAGAGGCUUCACGUAUUGGGUUUUUUAAAAAAAUAAAAAGCAGAGGUGGGAAGGUCGCGUCAGGAUCGGUCUGUGGCGCGCUAGGAGGGGAGAAUUUAACCUUUCCCGCCAUGUCUUCGACGAAAAGCUUGUCUCCCCACCCCAAAAACUGCUAUCCCUAGUUGGGUGAGCAAAUGCUCGGGACGAAACUAGACGUGAUGUCAAAUGAUCCCUGAUCGGACCUUUGCGCGUUUUUGUUAAGACCAAUGGCCGUGAAGCCUUCUGUUGAGUCUGCAAGCCCAGGAGGGUCUGCAACAUCAGAUGACCAUGAAUUUGACCCAACGGCUGACAUGCUGGUUCAUGACUUUGAUGAUGAACGAACUUUAGAAGAGGAAGAAAUGAUGGAAGGUGAAACAAACUUCAGUUCUGAAAUAGAAGAUCUUACAAGGGAAGGUGAUAUGCCAAUUCAUGAGCUUCUUAGCCGUUACGGCUAUGAUGGUACUGUGCCACUACCAGAAGAGGAAGAAGAGGAGGAGGAGGAGGAGGAGGGUGAGGGUGAAGAUAAUGAUAACAACAGUGGGUGCAGUGGAGAAAAUAAAGAGGAGGUCAUAAAGGAUUCAUCUGGUCAAGAGGAUGAGACACAGUCCUCCAACGAUGAUCCGGUGCCCUCUGCUGUACAGGAGAUAAUUCGCCCACGGCGGUGUAAAUACUUUGAUGCAAACAGUGAAAUAGAAGAGGAAUCUGAAGAAGACGAAGAUUAUAUUCCUUCAGAAGACUGGAAAAAGGAAAUCAUGGUGGGCUCCAUGUUUCAAGCUGAAAUUCCAGUUGGGAUAUCUAAAUACAAAGAAAAUGAAAAAGUGUAUGAAAAUGAUGACCAGUUGCUGUGGAAUCCAGAUUACUUGUCUGAAGAGAAAGUGAUCGAAUUCCUUAAUGAAGCCUCUAGACGAACAGGUGAUGAGAGAGGAAUAGAUGCAAUUCCUGAAGGAUCUCAUAUUAAAGACAAUGAGCAGGCUUUGUAUGAAUUAGUGAAAUGCAAUUUUGAUAUAGAAGAGGCACUAAGAAGAUUAAGAUUUAAUGUAAAAGCAGCCCGAGAGGAACUAUCUGUCUGGACAGAAGAAGAAUGUAGAAAUUUUGAACAAGGAUUGAAGGCUUAUGGAAAGGAUUUUCACUUGAUUCAGGCAAAUAAGGUACGGACAAGAUCUGUUGGAGAAUGCAUAGCAUUUUACUACAUGUGGAAAAAAUCGGAACGAUACGACUUCUUUGCUCAACAGACACGAUUUGGUAAAAAGAAGUACAACUUGCAUCCUGGUGUAACGGAUUACAUGGAUCGACUCUUAGAUGAAAGUGAAAGUGCUGCAUCUAGUCGAGCUCCCUCCCCACCUCCCACAACUUCUAACAGCAGCACCAGCCAUUCGGAGAGAGAGGACAGCACAACCAGCAGCAGUAAUCAAAAUGGUGUAUCCACGAAUGGGCCAGGUGAACUAUCAAGUAAAGAAGAAGUGAAAAUUGAGGGAUUGCACAUAAACGGACCAACAACUGGCAAAAAAAUGCCUCUUGUGGAUCUUGAUACAAAUGGCUAUGAAACUGAAAACCUUUCCAAUCAUUCUAAACUUGCUCAUUCAAAUUCAAAGAAUGAAAAUGAUCCUGAAGAAAAAAACGAAAGGCCUGCAAAGAGGAGAAGAGUCAAUAGUAAUGAGAAGGAGAGUCCAGGUUCCUCAGAGAUUUACCCAGAAGCAGUGACCCAUGGAAAGUUUGAAGAACAGGAGAUGGUAGAUGACUGAAUGUUUGGCUUUAUUCCUUCAAGCAAUUUUGGGGGUGUCCAAAAUUUUCAGGGUUGGUAGGUUACCCUUACAGAUUCAAAUCCUUUAAUAUAAUUUAUUGAGAUUUUGAAAUACAUUUUGGUUGCUUCCUAAUCCUGACUGAAGAAGUUACAGCAUACCUUUCAAAUCUUGAAUGAUACAUUUAAUUGGAGCACGUUCUAUUGAAAAGGACUGCUUCCUCUUUAGCAUUUCAAGGAAAACAGACAUAAACUACUGUGCAAAAUACACUCUGGAAAGUCAUCAAUGUCAAAUUCCAUAAUAUUGGAUAGUAAAAUUGUAAAGCAGGAUUCAUAAAACAAGUGAGGAUCUGAUGAUAGUUUAUCAGUCCAUAGGAAGAGAAUGGUGGUUAAGGAAUGCCUGUAAAUCCUGAAAGUUGUAUGUGAGAAAAUAUUUUUUUAUAUAUAGAAAUAUUUAAAAAUAAACCAAGUCAGGUUUGUAUAUGUAAAAUUGUUGACAUCAGUGAUGUCUUUCCAUAUUCUUAUCUGGAUAUAAGAGAUACAUUCUGUAUUUUUCCAGAUUCUUUGUAGCCUUUGAAAGAUUUUUACAAUACUUAAGUCAUGAUUGAGCUGUAAUUUCUAAAUACAAGUGUGUAAUUUUCAUAACUUGUACAGUAUGGUAAACUUUUACGAGAUUUGAUCUGUCAGCUUCAUUUUAUUUUGCUAAAGCUUUUUUAUUAAAAAAAAGAGUAAUAGUCAUGUUUCAGAAAGCGGUAAAAUUUUUAAAUAUUUAAAAUUCACACCCAAUUAUGAAUACCAUAAUUUUUCAAAUUUCUAUCUUGAGACAAAUGGUGACUUAGAAUUUUGGAAUUUAGGACGAUGCUUUGAUUGCACAAGUGUUCUUGCUUUUAUAAUUCUUUUUCAGAUUUAUUUUUAUGAUGAGACAACCUUAAAUGUUUUAAUGUUGCUAAAUCUUGUUAGCCAAGGUCAGGCAUUACAUUGUUCAUUAAUUAUUUUUACAUUUCAGUGAGCACAGUGUAGUUGUGAAAUGGGUCUGGUAGCCUUGAUGAGGAACAAAUGCACAGCUCAUAUUUGGGCCUGAUCAUACAUUCCAAGGAAUUCACUUGGAUUUAUGCUGCUUACUGUUUCUUAGGAAGCAGAAGAGUCUUUGAAUAAUUAUUGCAUAUAUAUGUAUGAAUAUGCCCGUGUCUGUGAGGUACUGUAAAGGCUGGUAACCUUUUUAAAAAAAUAAUUUGCUUGACAGAUGUCCUUGACAAUGUGGCAGGAAUAGUCCCUGUAGCCAUGAGUCCCAUCCAUAAGAGGAUUUGGAUAAUGGCCAUGGUAGAGGUUUGCCAUGUUUGUCCCUUAUUGCCAUGUAAAAUGACUCAUUGGAAGUAUUGUUUUUGUUGCUUUUACAUCAGGCUAUCUGUAGUUUUCUCCAUCUACUUGUCUUGACGCUUGCUUUAAAGGUUACAACCAUGCUGUUUCAAGUUGGCCCGACAACUCUGUAACUUGGCAAAAUGUGUGAUGUUUGGUCUUAAUUAUGUGAACCUCCAUUUCAUUGUAGAUGUCACUUAAGUUAUUUAAUUAUUAAUAGAGCCCCCAGCUUUCUCCUGAAAUGUUUUGGCAGAAUAUGUGAUCUAACUUACAGGGCUAAUAUUUAUUGUCUAGAGCUCAGAAGCAGUGUAUCUCCCAGCAGGCAUGACUUGCCUCUAUAGAUUAAACCCUUCAUCUUGUAAACUGAACUGCUUUUGGGAGGUGACAUAGUUGGCAAAACCCAGAUUUGUUAAAUAUGGGAAUCCAAAGUUUUCAUAGCCUCGUAUCAAAGAUUGUCUCUAUAAAGUAUGUUAGAGCAAGGCAGCACAAUGCUUUUAGAAAUCUUAUUGCAACUAUUUUUCUUCCUUACCUAUAUAUUUUGCAAGUGGAAAUGCUUGCAAUACAAUUCAUAGGAAAGUUUCUAAGUAUAUUGUUCUCAGGCUUGUAAGUAAAAUAUAGCACUGUGUACAUUUUCAGAAAUUUUACUUUGGUCUUUGAUCUUAACUUUCAAUGGUAUGCCUAAGAAAAGUCCUGACAUUCCAUAAUCAAUAUGUAAUGCUCAGCUGUUCAUUAAGUAUUUAAUUGUAAUGUGCAUUUUGUUUAUCCAGGUGUUUAUACAAUAUUUUAUUCAUGUUCUUUAAAAUGCAGCCACUAUAACUUGAUAAGACAUUGCACUAGUAGUACUAUUUAAAAUUCUAGUAAUAUAGUAACCUGUUCAAGAAGCUUUCAGUUCUGUUUGGAAAAGAAAAAAAUACUGCUUCCAAAUUGGAUUGAAAAGUCAGUGCAGUUUGUGUAUAGUAAUUGUAAUGUAUAUUUUUAAGCACUAUUGUGUCAUGAUCCAUGAAGUGCAUUGCGUGCAGUCUGAAUCAAACCUUCGAUUCAACAGGUCUGACUGUUGGACUUUAUAAAAGGGUUUAAAGUGAUAUUUUGAAAGAAAUUAAAAAUUUGCAAAUUAGUUUUUAUAAAUUUUUCACAUAGUACUUUUGCACUGUUGGUAAUCCCUGUGUCCCUUCCCUAGUUCGCCAUCUGCAAUUCUGGAAAAGCUGAUUAUAAAGUAUUUUUUUAAACACAUUGCUUACAUAAAUACAACUGAAUAUAUUAAGAGUGGAACUUCUGUUUCUUUUAAGAGAAGCUUGUGUCACUAAAGCUUGUGGAACUUUU